GUCUGGUUCUGAUUGGGCCACCAGCUGGCUAAGCAUUCCUGGAGCAGGCCCCAGGCCAAUCCCGAACGACAAUUAGCAGAGGCUUUGCCCACGCCACCCCCACCCAAAGACUUUGUUCACUUCUCCCCUUCCUCCUGUUUCUAGGGGUUAUUUCGUUCGCAGAGGCUUGAUGUGCAGAAGGGAGACUUUUAAACCAAAUCAACUCCUCUUGAUUGGUAGUCUGUCUCUUUGGGGGACCAGAGGGAAACCUCCUCGAUCCUUAUUCUUGAGAGGAGAGCCAUGGCAUCUGGAACAGCUUUGGUUUAUGAUGAUGAAAUGACCAGCCAUAAAUUGCUUUGGGAUGACCCGAUCUGUAACAUUGAAGUUCCUGAGAGGCUUUCUUCUUGUUAUGAACUCCUUAAACACUAUAAUCUGGUUGAAAGAUGUGUACCUGUACCUGUCAGGGAAGGAACUGAGGAUGAGAUCAUGUUGGUUCACAGUUCAGAUUACUUGGACGUUGUGAAGAGUACUAAAAAAAUGAAUGAAGCAGAACUCCAAAAAGCCUCAGCAAAUUAUGAUGCUGUUUACUUUCACCCUAGCAGCUAUCGCUGUGCCAAGUUGGCUGUGGGAGCAACCCUGGAACUAGUGGACACCGUGAUGUCGGGAAGAACACGCAAUGGGAUGGCUCUAGUGAGGCCUCCAGGUCACCACAGCCAGAGGAAUGCGGCCAAUGGGUUUUGUCUGUUCAACAAUGUUGCUGUUGCUGCAAAAUAUGCCCAAAGAAAAUAUGGUCUGCAGAGAAUUCUCAUUGCUGACUGGGAUGUGCAUCAUGGACAAGGAAUUCAGUAUAUAUUUGAUGAAGAUCCAAGUGUUCUCUAUUUUUCCUGGCAUCGGUUUGAACACCAGCAGUUCUGGCCUUCUCUAAGUGAAUCUAAUUAUGAUGCAGUUGGUCAGGGGAAAGGAAAAGGAUUCAAUAUAAAUGUACCUUGGAAUAAGGUUGGAAUGGGAAAUUCAGAUUACUUGGCUGUAUUUCUUCAUGUGUUGCUUCCAAUAGCUUUUGAGUUUGAUCCGGAACUUGUUUUGGUCUCUGCUGGUUACGAUUCUGGAAUUGGUGAUCCAGAGGGUAAGAUGAGAGCUACCCCAGAAUGCUUUGCACAUCUUACUCACUUCCUAAUGCAUUUGGCUAAAGGAAAGCUGUGUGUGGUUCUAGAGGGAGGAUACCAUUUGAGGUCCAUGGCUGAAUCGGUUUGCAUGACUGUAAAAACUUUGCUUGGAGAUCCUCUACCCUGUUUAUCUGGAGAAAUGGUACCAUGCUUAAGUGCUAUAGAGUCAAUACACAAUGUGAGGGCUGCACACAAGCCAUAUUGGGAGUGUUUGAAGUAUGAAGACACGAUUCCAUUGCAGUACCUCAGUACCAGAUCCUAUCAGAUGGGGGAGGCAGAAACUAUGCAAACUGGCACACCGCUGGUAAAUCCACAGGAAGCUGGGAAGAUAAAUAGUGAUGAGGCCGUCAAAACAGAGAGAUUUUUGGAGCUGCAUAUGAAAGAAAUUCUAUGUUUGGGACCUCCUGUCAAAACAGCAGCAUCUCUUGCUGAAAGUGAUACCCACUUGCUACCACCAUCAGUUCAAAUUGUGAAGGAAACUAAUGUGAAAGGACUCAAAGCCAUAGUCAGUGGAUUUGAUGCUGAGCUCUUGAAAGAAGAAAACAACUUAAAUUCACUUUUGCAAAUGUUGGCUAUACUGGACAAGAUAAUGAAAAAAGAGGUGACCAAUGGUCUUGCACUAUCAUCUAUAGCUUCACGGUCUUCCAUUGUUGCUCUAAGACACUGCAGUCAUUCAAGGCUACAGAAACUUCUCUGUGUAUUUAUUGGUGACAUGGAUAUGAAAAUUGACCUGGAUGAUGGGAACAUCCUCUUGAUUAAUAUUUCUGCUAAACAACCUAUGCAGCCUAAUACCAAAUACUAUGUGUCUCUAAACUGGAAAGAGGAUGUUGAAAGAAACAGCUUCUUCCCUGUGGUCCUUGGAUUCAUUCUUCCAGUGGCAUACAGCUAUCAGCCUGACCUAACUAUUUUAGUCAUUGGACCAAACCGGAGCCUGGGCAAAAAUGAGAUAUCCUUGCUUGCUUGUUUACUGCAGGGGAUAGCAGAGUCACGGAUUUUUGCUCUGAUUCAGGAUACAGAGAGAGAACUGUUUCAAGAUGUGGCCAUGGUCUUUACAGGAGACUUUACACCUUACUUCGGAAGCUAUGCACCAGCUUUAAAAGAGAAUAUGCAAAUGUUAAAGGAAUUAAAAGACCAGCUUGAACAGAAAUGGAAAAUGCUUCAGUGUUCAGUAAAGGUCACUCUUACUGAAAGAUGAAAUUACUUGGCUGUCGUUUUGGCUCUCUCCUUUUGACUUAUGUACACUAUACAAGAAGGAAGGAAUCGGCUAUCCAGAAGACUAAUAGCCAAAAAGAAUGAAGGUUGAGCUACACCUCUGGAAUGACAAAGCAAAAGUCAUAUAGAACCAUUAUAUUUUUAGAUAACUGUAGCUUUGCUAACACUUGAUGAUCCACACUUGCACAACAAGGGUGCAGUGUGUUGAGGUGCAGAUCUGUACAUAGGUAGUUAUUCACACAUGUUGAACACAGGUACAGCAGUGCACUUCUGACUUGCACCAUGCAUUUGGGGGACCUGUACCCAGAUUUACUUUUAAAAUGAAUGCAGGUAUAGUCAUUCACAUAAGUGUAUAGACAUCUGUACACUUCUACACAGAGAGAGUGUGUGUGUGUGCGCGCGCGUGUGUGUGCCCAUUUUCCAGCUGUGGUACUGUUUUGCCUCAAAUUUGCAACUUGUCAUGAGCUCUGUCAUUCAAGGGGCCUUCAGUGGUUGAGUCACAAGAGAGUAUGCUGUGAAAAGCCCUAUUCAAACAUUAUGUUCAACACUCAAACAAGUGUAGACUUUUCCCCCCAAUUUGGGAACUCCCUCUCUAACAAGAAAGGGAGUGGUUUCUGGACCUUGACAAAGGACCAGUCAGUCAAUGCUAUACACAGUCCCCCUAAGGAGAAGUGGAGAGGUAGCUCUGUGAUUGGCCAGUCCUUGUAUCAAUCAGUGCUGUGCAAAUCCAUCUUCUGUUCAAACCAGAGCUUCCCUCUGCUAUAGACCUGGUCGGAGGGCUCCAUAAUGGAAAUGAUAUACAUCUGCAAACACCCUACAUUAAGAACCUUGUUUUUAUUAACAUUUACACUAUUAUUUGCUAAUGGCUCUUAGAACUAUAGAAAUUUUAGUUGAGAUUGCUUAUUAUAAAUUCAUAUGUUUUGAACA